AUGACCGGGAAAUCCGUCUUCUUCGCCGGCACAACAAGCCGGGGAGACUGGCGCAAAGAUCUCGCUGACUCCAUCUCCCAUCUCUCCGUGACCAUUUUCAACCCUUUCCGACCAGAUUGGGACAGCACCUGGAAGGAAAACAUCUCCGAUGAGAGGUUCAAGGGCCAAGUUGAGUGGGAGCUGGAGAUGCAGGAGAGGGCCGACAUCGUUGUUGUCUACUUCGAGCCGGAGACGGAAGCUCACAUCAGUCUGCUUGAGCUAGGACUGUGUGCUCGGUCUGGAAAGGCCAUCGUCGCGUGCUCAGAGCUGUACAAGAAACGAGGGAACGUCCAGGUCGUCUGUGCUAGGUACGGGAUUCCACUUGUUGACAACUUCGAGGCUUUACAGGAGAAACUGGUCCGCAAGCUAGGAGAAUCUGAUCACAAUGCUCCAUAA